UAUUUAGGAUGACGUCAGCAAGGUAAAGCGGCGCGCGGCGGCUGCCACUCCGGUUUGGACACGCGAGAGCUUCUUUUUGGAUCGUGUAGACACUUCCUGAGCUUCGGUACAGCAAGUCAUACAGGUUUGAAACACAUUAUAGCUCAAGGCCGAUGAGUCCAGCCCGUGUAAACAUUGUCAGUAGGGGAGAGUGAGCUGCCAUUCACUGGAUCCACCCCAGUCAAAGGACAACUGUGAACUACUGAUAGAUUUACACAGCUGCUGCACCCUUUUAUGAUGACUACUCGAGGUAAAAGUGAAGGAUGCCGUAUCUGUGGGAGUGACCUGCAAGGUAACCAGAGGCGAUGGCUGUAUGCGGGUCAGAACAGAAAGGGGGCACAACCUCAGACGCCGACGAACUUUUCUAGCAAGGGAAGCUUGCCCAGAUCGGCAACGAGCAGCCCAUGGGGCAGCACUUUAUCACUCAGCUCUUCCCGUUCACUCUCAAAGUCUCAUGGCCUGCUCACCCCCACAAAAGGAAUUGACCUGCUCUGUGUGCUGACACACAUAUUAGAGCAGCCUGUACCACGUGGGAACGGUCAGGGGGAGUUUUUAUGCGGCAAGUGUGUGUCCGUUUUAGAGCGAGUUUUCAAGUUCGACACUGUCAUCUCCCGAGUCCGAGUGCUGUCAAGCGAGAGACUCCAGAAACUAAGUCAGGAACGGGACAAGAUCAGACGAUGGGUGCGAAACAUGUACGAACAGCGCCACCCAUCUACCUUCAGGCGAAGCGAAAGUUCCAGUGAGGAUGAAGGGGACAGGAAGUAUGGCGUAGGAGAAGGAUACCGAGAAAUGCUGAGGGACAACAUGGCCCUUUCAGAGUAUGAAUGGUGGUCUGAGAAAGCGGAGACGUGUCCAUAUUAUAGGAGAACCGGGAAACGGUGUCAUAAAGGCAAGAAGUGCGAGUGUUGCGACUCCUUGAGGGUGUCCGACUCGGACUACGAGUCCGUUUGUGGGAUUCCACGUCACUUGCCCGAUCAAGCCUUCAUGACAUUGGGCCUCUCUCGAGAAAAAUCAUGCAGCAUGCCUCUUCAUUGGUCGAAAGUGCCGUCUGUCAGAUCCAGCCCCGCCUCGUUGUCUGGUUCCUGUCGUUCUUUGCGUUCUCAAUCCCGGACUUCAUCCGUUCAAUCGCUGGACUCUUUAGACGGCAACGAUCCGUUUGAUUGGCCAGAGGAGCAUUCAGCCAUUCUAGACACCGUUUUCAAAGAGUUAAGGGGGAUUGAAGGAAAACCAGUGAGGUCCCCUUCUGGAAGUCGCAUUCCUGUGUUGGACAGAGGGGGAAUCCAAAAUGGGAAGGAUGAGGUGGGACUGAAAGCGGGGUUAGUGAGGGUCUUAAAUUUCGGAGAAGGCGACAACGGGAUGGAGGAUGAGUUCGAAGACGAGAGCGCUGACAUUCUGACCGAGCUAAAAGAUGACUUUAUGCCACUGCAAAGAGAGUCGUCUGCAAGUAGGGUGCACCUUGCUGUGAAGCAAUUGCGUGAACAACUCGUUCAAGCUCAGGCUCGAAUCAGAACUCUCGAGGCGCAGCUAAGGGACGGCAACAAAUCAACAGCCGAUGCUCCUGCCAAGCAGUUGAAGUCUCCGCAAGUGAGCAGUCUGAAGAACAAAAACGACCUCAUAGAAAGUCUCAGCCAAUCACUGCACAGUCGAGAGAACAUAAUCCAGGAAUGUGUGACUUUGAUCCAGAAGCUGUGUGCUGAGCAGGGGCUGGAAUCACAGGACACUGACAAACUCAUCAAAAAACUGGCCAGCGCAGUUCCUGAUACACGCAGUGAACGUGAGGCGAUCCUGGAGGCCCAGCUGUCUGAGGCGGGCGAAAGGGAAAAAGCUUUAGAGAAACAGCUACAGGCCAUGAGAGACGCUGGCAGAGAGCGAGACAGAGACUUCAUUACACUCAACACUGUGCUGCAGUGUAACCAGGAUGUUAUUAACCAUCUGCGUUUAGAGCUUGCGGAGAGGGAUCGAGCCCAACAGGAGAUGAUGAAAGAAUGGGAAGUUUGGAAAGAGAGAGAUUCAGCUCUGACUGCACUGGUGAAGGAGAACAAAGACUAUAUUUCCCAUCUUAAGGAGGCGCUGGAGAGUUCGCGCAGAGAUGUGCAGGCACUCUCAGACUCACUGAUUGGACGGGGAUUGGAAGGGAGCGGAGCUGAGGCUGGAUUGGUCAAUCAGCUGCGAGAGAAAGAAGCUCUGCUGGCAGUGAGCUUCAGAGAUAGAGAGGAGCUUAGCACCUCCAUGCUGCAGGAGAUCUCAAGACUCUCCUCAGCCUUAACUGAUGCUGAGAGCAUCAUACUGGAGCAAAGAGAAAAUCACAAACAAGCCAUCACUGCACUAUCAGGGCAACUCAAAGACACACUCAAGGAGCUGAGAGAGAAAACCAAGGAGAAAAAGGAGGCUGAGCUGGGGUGGAAGAAGGAAAAUAAGGAGAGAGCUUUUGAGGAAGGAAAACUAAGAGACAAUCUUCAGAAGAGGGAUAAACUCAUAGAGCAAGUUCUUCUGGAGUUAGAGGAGCGGGACGGCGUGUUAACAGAGCUACAGCAAAACAUCUCUAGCAGACUUGGACCCAAGACAGCACUCAAACACACACUGUGAGUGUGUGAUUAAACACAUACUGUGAGUUUAAUGAUGUUGUGUAUACACUGAACUGAACUGCUCAAUAUUCUUAGUGGCACUAUGUUUAUUCAGUGCAAUCUAAAUUCUCUCAAAUGUCUUUGCUGCAUUAAACUAACAGAAAUGAGGAUCUAAAACGGUUCAGCUUCUGAUAACAUCAAUUCUGUUGAAUUCUUUAAAUUCUCUAAUUUAAAGAAUGGUUAAAUUCUCUAAAACCAAAAGGAAAUAAAGACAGGCCAAUAUAUAGGAAGUUGUCAAUAGUGUCGUUUGUUUGUUCUGCCAGAUUUUAAGUUGAGUGUAUAUUAUGAAAUCUUAUUUUAGUUUAUAUGAAUUUAUGACUGGACCAAUACAGGAUGCUUUAGUAAUUUAGAUUGAGCACCGCCAUAAAAUGUUCUGAUUACUUCCCACAUUUCCAGAUUGUGGUUCCAAGAUUUACAAAGUUACUCGCACGUGCCUUUUCAGCACAUGCUUUGCCUAUUAAUAAUUAUUUAUCCGUGUUCCCACAAUCCCUACUGCCAAUAUUAAUAUUAUUAUUAUUAAAUGUCUAAAUUGUUUUAUUAAUUAUGACUGGAUGAGAUGAAUGCUGCUUUUCUGUUAUUGUUUGAUUUGUCUUUCCCCAAUGUUCUUUUUCAUGUGAUCUUAUAUUUGUUCUGUAUUUAUAAAUGUUUUCUCAUGUUGAAUUUGUUUUGGAAAUGCCAUUAUAGUGCCAACUGGGAUUUGCUAUAUUCGUUCAAGUGUAGAGAAAGCUUUUGCACAAUAGAAGGAUUACAGAUUCUCUGCAAAGUACGUUUUAAUCGGCUUAUUUUAUUUGGGUAUGCUGGAAUCCCCACAACUUGGUGCAUACCUCAUAAAUCACAUUUAAAAUGAAGCCUCAAGUUUGUGUGGGUUUUCUAAAGGUUUUGUUGGAGGUUUUCUUUUAUGUCUGAAAUAUUAAAGGUUCUUUCUUGAGAACUUGGGGGGGGUAUAAUUGUCA